AUGCCGAUACCGGUAACACCUACAGGUACCGAACAGGUGUCGCCAGAUACCAAGCAGGAAUAUCAGUGCUACGAGGUGUUGCAGCAUACUGGCGAAGUACGCGCAACAUUGGUUAAAGUUCUUUUAAUAAAAGACUUGGAAGUACUCGUACCACUUACUCGUAGUACUUAUUUACUUGCAGGUUACGGCAAAGCCGGGGAUAUAAUUGAGGUGAUGUCGCAUAUAGCAAGAAAUUCCCUUUUCUUGGGUGGCCAUGCCGUUUAUGCCUCCGACUUUAAUCUGCAAAAGUACGGUUUCUCUGAGAAGGCUUCUGAAACAGCUGCGGGUUCAGAUUUGUCAUUUAUGAACAGAACUAGUCGUCAUUUGCAUCAGAUGGUGUUGAACAUAACCAUGAACAUGACAGUUCCUUGGACUGUGGAAAAAUGGCAUGUUCGUGUCUCCUUCAGGAAAUCCGGGUUAAUGCUAAAAGACGACUGUGUCAUUCUGCCUCCUGAACCAAUAAAUGGUCCUGAUUUUGCGAUCGAAUCAAAGCUGUUCAGGUUUUAUGUUGUGAUCAACCGAAAAGUAGUAGUUCCCUGUACUGGCCGAGUACAUCACGUGACACUCGACACUACCAAGAAAAUCAUCUCCCCUGGCUUUGAUCCGUACAGGAUAACCAACAAGCAGAUUAGCGAAUCAGGUUUAGUGAAGGAAGAAAUCUACUUCGCUGACGAUUUAAACGAAAUGAAUGAUAAACAGGUGUGGGACUUGAUGGUCAGUCGAAGAGCGAAACAGUGAAC